GGGAAUUGAAUUUAGGUCGUUAUUCCACCCUACAUGUUUUUCAGCCAAGAUUUACUAUUGAGCGAAAAGAGCGGUGUUGGUACCAUCUGGAUCCUUGCCACCCUUGGAAACAAUUCGUUUCAAAGCAAGGUUGUUAAAAAGGAUGUUCUAUCUGCCUCCAUCCCCGAUGCCUGUGAGAUAAUUACCAACCCUUCCUACUCCAUGGCAUUGAGGUUGUCGUCAAAUCUUUUAUACGGGGUUACCUUGUUGUACAAGCAGAAGGUGGAUUACGUUUAUCUGGACGUUAGUAUAGCCCGUUUAAAAUUGCAGAGAGAUCUCUUCCGAGGGGCUAAAGCUCAAUCGGCAUUGCCAGAUCACAAAGGCAUCAGAGCCCGGACCUUGCCUCUUGAUAACGAUCCUCUGUUCAACAUAAGCUUGGACCUAUUACCCGUGUUGAACUUGGAAGACCUAUUUUCUAGUUAUAUAGAUAUGGGAUACGAACAGGACGAUAGAAGGACAAGAAUCAAAUUGCAAGAUAUGACACAAAACCAUAACGACUCACCUCUUGUCCAAAUAUCAGAUCAUUCUCUUGGCGUUGAAGCUGCAUACCACAUUCAUGGAGAAGGGCAGAUCAGUACUGUACCCCCGGUUAGCCAUAGCUGGAGAGAUGUUGAAUUUGGAAACCCUCUUGGAGAGGAUUUUCUUGGCAACUCAGACUUUGAGUUUGAUGAAAAUGGUGGUUUAAGGAACAUGGCAAAUGUGGAAAUUUCGAGGUUGGUAGGCUGUAGUCCCCGUCUGAAACCUUUGAGUGAUUUUGAUCAAUCCAUACGGCAAGAUUUCGAAAUGGGUUGUGAUUUUGAUAUUCCCGAGGGCAGUACGCUUAGUGCUUCGGAUUUGAAUGGUCAACGAAACGAUAAGACAAUACUGCUGAGGGAUUCGUCUACCAGGGCCGUGACCCUUGUCGUUCCCAACGCAACAAAAGGCCCCCGUCUCCGGAAACUCUCAAUUGAUGAGACUACUAUUCUAUCCAAUAAGCAGCUCCGGGGGUUUAGGGACCAAUACUUGGAGGAAAUGGCGGAGCGAAAGAACAAACGCGUUAAAAAGAAUGAGACGGGAUUGAAAAUCCAAGCCUUGUUCCAGAAAAGUACAGGAGAUUCCGCUGUCUUUAAUAUCACACAUGGAAUGAUAUUUGGUCCCCAUAUUACCGGAAAGAUCCUGGGGUUCAAGCCUUGGUUUAUGACUGAGGUUCUGCCGUCCACCGCCGAAGGUCACGGUUACCUGGAGACCGAAAUCCCCAGAGGGAGACGGGGCUCAAGUAGUGAUUAUGAAAUUGGACGAGGUGGCUCCAACCGAAAAAGCUCUGCUACCCGAUCCAGUUUUGGCAGCAUAACCAUCCCUCUUUUGGACGAUGGCUUUGAACCCCAAGAUUUCGACAUGGGCGAUUUCAAUGUUGGGACCCCAGAGCAAUUCCGCCCUUAUCCGUUUGAAGAUUUCAACAUUUUGUUUCCUGAAAUUGAUGAUUUUGAGAUGGAACUAACGAGAAGUGCUUCUAGCUCCUCUUCUGGUCCGCGCGAUAAUGAUCUUAAUCGGAGUGGCUCAAACCCCAAGAGAAAGAGAAGGUACACCUCGGGGGCGGUACUGGUAAAUUAUCCAUUGAUCGAAGAACCAGAUUCUUGGGAUGAUACUGCCUUCAACCCUGCAAAUUCUCGGAAACUAAGUCCGCAAGACGAAAAAUUCUAUUCGUAUGUGAAGUCAAAGGGGCAGAUUUACGGGAAAAUUCAAACGAAUAGAAAUUGCACUAAUGUGAUAUUUGCCGAUUUGCUACCAUCUACCUCAAAAAGGCAGUCCGUUGCUGCUGCCUUUGCGGGAAUUCUACAACUAGCAUCCAUCGAUGCUAUUGGAAUAUCCCUCACAUACCUGGCUGAGCUUAAUAUUGAUCUUGGUCAUGAUGUCCUAAAGGCGGAUCAAGUUAGCAUUAACAUCUGUACUAAAGUUGGCUAAUUCGGUGCAUGUAUGUGAAUUUGAUAGGCUUGUACCGUAUACGUAUUUUGCUAUAUACUAUAUAUUUGAAUUAAACUUAUAAAAU